GAGAUGGUUGGUGCCUUUUAUUGCAAUAUAUAACAAUAGGGAAGUAUAACGAAUGGGUUAAUUAAGCACUGGAGAUUAUAGAGAUACCAAUUAGAAUGGAGGGCAUCCGUACUAUUAAUCGUUCUCUACUUAUUGUAUUCUACACCGCCUUUUUGCUCUUCAUCGUCGUCGGCGUCGGCGUCUGCAUUUCAUCCCCACCGGCACCAACCAAUACUGCUUCACUACCCAGGGAAAGUGGGAGGAAGAUGUUGGUGAGGGGAAUCGGUAGGGAGAUGAAGAUUGGCGUAAGGGGGAGUAGUUCAGGUUCCGGCGGCCAUGGUCACCACUAGCAGACAUUUGUUGGACUCUCUCUCUCUCUCUCUCUCUCUCUCUCUCUCUCUCAUCAAAAUUAAAUCUGCUUCAGCUUUUAUUGAUAGAAAGUAAUAGAUACAUCGUCAAUUU